ACUUCUCACAAACAUACCCAAGCAAAAAUGGAUAUCGACGAUACCCCUGACUUGAAGGAGCCAAAAGCUGAGAAAGCCGCGCACGAAGUUCUUCCGGAUAUAACAGGAUUCACCACGGACAUACUCUAUGCGAGAUACGAAGAGCUCUGGUUUGAGGAUGGAAACGUGAUAGUUGUUUCGCAUGACGUGACAUUUAAGUUGCACGCGGGUGUUCUCAAGCGACACUCAAGUGUAUUUCGGGAUUUGCUGAACGAAAAGAAGGCUACCCAAGCCGAAAUAUAUGAGGGAUGCCAAGUACUACGGUUGACAGACAGGGUUGGUGAACUCGCUGAGCUGUUCUUCAUUAUGUACGACGGUGGCAGCAGGGGCUUCUUCGACUGGCGGAAACCCGUAGACUUCACAGAUCUGCGCAGGGUCACUCUCACUGCAGUCAAAUACAACGUCGAGCACAUCAUCAGAGAGACCAUCGCGCGCCUCGAAGUUCCCUUCCCCGUCAUUUUCGACAGCACCCGCGUCGAGAGCAGCGCCUACAUCGGCGCACGCCCGGGCUAUCCCGUCCACUGCGCCCCCGAUGAUUGCAUUGGUGCCGUGGCACUCGCGCGGGCGAUCAAUGCGACUCACCCACCCGCGUUCAUCGUCAUGGCGCUCUACCAGUGCAGCCAGCAAACACCCGAAGGGCUCUUCGAGCCCGUGCAGUACGACGGCGAGCGCGUCCCGCUCCCCCGCGAUGACCUCGUGACAUGUGUGUCCACGCCCGACCGCCUGCUUGAGGCAAGCCGGAAGGUAAAAAGCCCCGUGCUCGACGCGCUCGAAAGUCCGCGCUGCGCAGCUCAGGCAUGCCACGCUAGCCUCGCACGGCUCGUAUGCGACUGGGUGCGCGAGGGCAAGCUCCCGGACUUUGCGCCGCUCAAUGCCUGCGACGUGCUCUUCCAGAAGCAUGCGCAGAAGUAUCCCGACUGUAGGCUUUGUGACUCCUGCGCCGCAGAGCUCAUGGACGCGAUCGACGAGCGGCGGCGCGAGGUGUUUGAUGACUUGGGCAAGGUAUUCAACGUCCCCGGCUGGCCUGUACAGACUGAAUCGUGAAUAUUAUGUAAUGUGGAUCAUGUCUUGACUGUAAUUCUCGAUAACAAUCUAUCUGCACGAG